AUGGCAAAGCAUCAUAACUUCAAAUCUUUUAAGGAGCGUGUCAACGCCCUCAAGAUUCGUCCGUACUCCAAACUUGGAGUGAGAAGCUAUGAAGAUACUACCACUUCUUUCUACUUGGAGACUUUAGCCCACUGGAAAGAGGUCAAUAUAAGCGGUAACUUCACUUCUUGUGUUGAAAGAAUCGAACCGUUUAGCCGAUCCUUAGCCCAAGUGUUACAUCACAAGAACCAGCUUUAUGAUAUACUAGAAUAUCAUAUUUCUCAGCAUGAUAUCCACUCACUUCAACCUUUAUUGGAAAUUUUGACUCAAUUUAUCCAUGACUUAGGUCCUGAAUUUUUAACAUUUUACAAAAGAUUUAUUCAUUUAUUGAUGGAUUUAUGUCUUUCAGUGUCACCGAACGAUUCUCAGAGUAUGAAAAAUUCCGCCAACAUUCUCGAAUGGUGCUUCAACUCGUUAGCAUUUGCGUUUAGGUAUCUCUCUCCUGACAUCUGUGAAGACUUGUGGAACUCAUUCGAGGAUCUCAUACCUCUUUUGAAAGAACAAAAGAAAGCAUACAUAGGUCAAGAUGAUGAGCCGGAAGCGCAAUUCGCCACUUGCUCGACCAUGUUUGCCUUACUUUGGACUUUGCUCGUGAGAAACCUGGAAGCGAACACAGCUGCAAUGUUGCUACUGCAGCUAUGGGAUACAUUACCAUCCACUUUCAGCGUCUUGCAAUUGAGCGUGUUAGAAAUUGUGAAAGACUUGAAACAUGAGGCCCCCUAUCGCUUGAGAUUGACAGACGCUUUCAACAACGAGAUUGAUGAAUCGCAUGAUCUUUUGAAAUUAGCUAUACCUAUCACUUUGAAAGAUAAUAUCCUUGAUCUGAUAGCGACUGCUGUCAAAGACGAGAAAUCUGAGCUCAACGAUAUCAAAUGGAGAUGUAACAUUUUAAGACUUCAAAGUGUGAAGUCCGCUGACGAUCAAAAAGUUGCCUUGAAGUUAAUCAACUCAAUCAAUCAACGCUGGGAUACACCAGAUACCUCUGAGUUAAAUGGUCAGCUUAUAUCAUUUUUCGUGAACUGUCCAGAAGGCGACGACACCAUUCCCUUGGCGAAAGAUCUCACAGACAUGUUACCCAGUCUUAUCAACGUCUGCUGUAAAUCUGAAGUUUUUCUUUCAGCGGUGCAAAACUUUUACAAGUUCUUUGGGGGUCCUUCAUUUGCUGCACCUUUACAGGCGGCGUGUUUAGGAAAUCUUUCAAGCACAAAUAGACGGUUAAGGCUUGAAAGCAUUCAGACACUUCAAAUCCUAUGUCCAGAGCACAAGGAUAUUUUGUCUCAAAUGACGUCAGUUGAUCAGAUUGCUCUAGAAGUUGAAAAUGCCAGUUUAAUGAGAUUGAGAAUUCUGGAGCUCUUCAAGGCGUAUUCAAUGCAUCUGGGUACGAGUCUAAUACAAAUUGGCAUGGCCCAUUUUAUAAUGGGGCUUUUAUGCAAGCAGUAUCAACCUUGCUGGGAAGCUGUUUUCGAUGCUUUAAAAUCGAUGGCAGACUCUGCUUUAGAUGAUUUGCUCAGUCGACUCCUCUAUGAUCAGCUUCUAGCAAAGCCAUCUAUUGAACGACCUUUAAAGUUCGACGAAGAAGAGGCUAAUCAAGGCUCUGACUUCUGGAUUCUUGAAAAUGAUGAUGGCAUUUUCAAAAGUCUUUUCAAGAAGGUGAAUGAUCGUGUCCCUCACUCUACAAAGGAACUCGUUACGAGAAUCAACAAGAUGGGAGUGGUCGAAGAAGUUUCAGAUCAGAUCACAUCUCAAAUGAGAAACAGGUUUUUAAAAUGUCUCAAAGAAGUUCCUAAAAUUGCAUUGGCGGAUGUGGACAGGUCUCUCGAAUUAAUUCAUUGUGUCGUUUAUGACGAAAGUGAAAAUAGUUGGUCUAUGGAAGAGAAGGUUACAGCUCUUGAGUUGGUGAGCUCUAUAAAGGGACGAAUCUCUCGUUGCCUGCGAAUCACCUUGUCAUCGACUCUUAGAGAGGCCAUAGGUUCAAAACAUUCAAAAUUACAAGAAGCAGCAUUGAAAGCUUAUUUGGCUCUUGACACCUCUCUUCUUCGUUAUCGUGAUGAACUUAUGAAUUUGCUUGAUGAUAAGUUGUUUAAGGACGAAGUUUUGAGCCUAUUGGGAGAGACAUCUGAUGAAAGGGUUAAGGAAGAAGACGAAAAAACCGUCAUCCCAUUGAUCCUUCAAUUAUUUUUUGGGAAAAUGCAGACUUCUUCGAAGAAAUCCAAAAAGUUCGGAGCAAGAUUCACUAUUGCAUCAAUUCUCCCAAGUUUGAAACCUCAAUAUGUGACACAUUUCGUCAGUCACAUGAGCAGCAAAAUACCAUUUCAGACGUAUUUUGCAGCUGCCAGCUCACCGGAAGACUAUUUCGAUAAUAUCAAAAUAAUGACCGGUUUCGUGAAUAUGCUUAGCGAAGUUUACGAUGCUUUGGGAUACAAGGAAGAUUUGCAGUACAUCAAAUUUCUUGCUAUGCUUGUGGACUCCUUACUCAGUAACCUUCCUCGGAUUCUAGAAAGCUCCAAGAAUAGAGAUGUAUUGUCAAGAUGUGCCACGCUUCUAUUACUUUUGGUCGAGGGUCAAUUUUUGAGUCAAGAAUACGACAAAACGAUGUUUAUUCAUGCGUCUUGCAAGGCUUUGCAAAAAUCAUCCUUUUUCGUACGUUCUGAGGAUAAAGUCAGCUUAUUAAUAUCUAUAGCGCUGAUGAUGGAGUCUAUGGCUUGUGAUGAAAAGGUGGAAUAUGAGCUUACUCUAAUGAGCUCCAAGAUGCUCCGAUUCUCGAAGGAUUCAAGAAUUCGCAAAAGCAUCACAAAAGUUUUCGAUGCGUACUCAAUACUAAGACCGGACUUCAGGAAAACGGUUGAGAUUCUUGAUCAUCUUAAUGCGUCACAAUCACAAUCUGGUGACUACGAUUUUUCUAGAAUACUAGAUGGAUUUGACCUCAUAGACGAGACAUUUUUUACGCACUCUAGCCUGAUGGGAUGGAAGUUGGCUCUUUCUUCCUGCCUUUUUUUUAUGGACAACGAGGAUGAGAGUGUUCUAAGAUCGAAUGCUACUCAUGCAAUCAAAAAGUUUGCAGAAUUUCAUUCAAGAGCAGAAACGGACUCCAAUAAGACGGCUUUUCGAGAAGUCUUUGAUGAAUUGAUCAAUCCGGCGAUCUGUCACGGGUUGCUGAAUCCGACUGAUGAUGUAAGAAGCUCCUAUAUCGAGGUUCUCGCUGACUUGGCUCGUUUCAAGGAUUUUGUUAUUCGCAAAGAACACUUGCAGAAUGGGUCGAAGUUUUUGCAAGGGUUUCCUCAACAUGAUGAAGAAUUCAACAAUUUUGUUGUCAAUCUGGUCGUGCAACCUAUUAGAAAAACUCUUUCGAUUCGAAAUGACUCAACGAUAUGCAUGAGGCUUCCGCUUCUCGAGGCUUGUGUGGUUGCUCUCCUCAUGACACCAUCCCAAAUUGUCCUGAGUGAACUCCCUGGCAUUCUCAUCAGUACAUGUCAGGUGCUACGAUCAAAAUCGCAAGAGUUGAGGGACCACGCCAGAAAAGCGCUUUGCAAGGCUUCAAAUCAUUUGGGUGCAACAUACUUACGAUAUCUCCUUCGCGAGCUUCGUGGAGCGCUUUCUCGUGGAUCUCAAAUACACGUGCUUAGUUAUACGUUGAAUUCCAUAUUGAGAGAGGUUUGCUGCACUGCCAAAUAUGGGGACAUUGAUGAAAGUGCUCGAAUCGUUGUGGACAUUGUCAUGGAGGAUGUAUUUGGGGCGGCGGGUAAGGAGAAAGAUGCUGAAGGAUAUCACAGUAAAAUGAUUGAAGUCAAAGCAAAGAAAAGUUUUGAUACGAUUGAGCUUUUAUGUUCCAAAUUGAGUUUUGACGCAUUCGAUAGUAUUCUCGACCCAAUGAAGGAGCUUCUUGAUCAAGCAUUACCAAGCAAGACCGAACGAGCAAUCGAGGAGUGUUUCAGGCGAAUUUGCCUAGGAAUUCUCGCGAAUGAGCGAGCAGAUUCAACUGAUGUUUUGUUGUUAUGCUAUAAAAUCCACAAAUCAUCACUGGACGUCAAGAGCGCAAAUCAAUGCAAGACGCCAAAGCGGGACGAGUCACAUUUCUUGGUCGAUAUCAAUUCUAAGUCGAGGAUGAACAAUGCAAAUGAGUUCCAGCGUUCUCAAUAUUUGCAAAGACUAUCGUUUGAGAUUUUGAGAUCCGUUAUUGGGAAACAUCGUCAACUCCUCAGCGUUGCAAACAUUGAUGGCUUCAUUCCGCUCCUUUCAACAAGUUUGAACUCAUCUAAUGAGCCAUUGGUUGCGACUGUUUUGCGUGUGGUUGUGCUUCUUAUUAAGUUAGAAUUUCCUCCAAGUCGUGACGAUGUGUUUGAAGGAAUCUGCGAAAAAGCGAUCGAGAUUGUGCUUGAAAGCCAGUCCACAGCAGAGGAAUUAAGCCAGCUCUCUCUCAAGUACAUUGCCACUGUUGUAAAACAUUGGAAGAGUGAAUGCUGCUCCAAAGAAGCAAUUUGUGCGCUUCUUCUCAAGAUUACACCAGAUCUUGAAGAUCCCGAAAAGCAAAGCUCCGCGUUUAACUUUGUGAAGGCAGUGAUUACGAGAAGAAUACAGAUCCCAGAAGUCUACGAUGUCAUGGAUAAAAUUUUGCGCAUCAUGGUCGUCAAUCAUUUUCAAGAGAUACGUGACAUUGCAAGGGGUUUGUACUUUAAGUUUAUGCUUUUGUACGAUCAAGGUCAAAAGCGAAUGGAGGCGUCUUUCAAGUUUUUGAUGGACAAUUUGAAGUAUCCCACACCUAGUGGAAGACAAUCUGUGAUGGAGUUGAUGCAUUCGAUCCUACUCAAAUCGAAUACCUCAAUAGUUGACAAAAAUGCUUCCAGUUUUUUCGUUGGUUUAGCUAAUCUCAUGGUUUCAGAUGAACAGGAGAAAUGUCGAGAGAUGGCAACAAUUUUGUUAGGUCAAUUACUUGAGAAGGCUAGCCCUGACAAGUUGAAAGUCUUCGAACACUUGAUAGAUACCUGGUUACACAACCAAGACAAAAAUGUUUUACGCAGAUGUGGACUACUAUCUUAUAAAUGUUAUAUCUCCAAAUUUGGUAUGGAGAGAAAUGAAAUUUUGAACUCGUCUGCAUCAGAAGUUAUCGAGUUGUUUUUGCUGUUUGCGCAAACGCUGAACUCAUCAGAGGGGCGCUGGGAAGAUAUUUUCUCAGCACUUAAUGUUCUGAGUCACAUCAUCGGCAUCACGAGUAAGAAUUACUGGGAAAAGAAGACAAAAUUCUGGGACCUAGUUUGUCAAUGUUUGCUCUACCCGCAUUCGUGGAUCAGGCUUCUUAGCUCCAAACUUCUCGGGACAUACGUGGAUUGGGCAACAGAAUCUUCAUCGGAUAAGAAUAAUGAGUUUUUACAGCUCGUUUCGCAUCGUUCUAUAAGACAACUUGCAGCGCCGGGGCUUCCUGACUCGUUAGGGAAAGCUUCUGUUCAUAACAUUUUGAAAAUUUUCAGUUUUUUUGAAGACAAUGAUGUGUUAUAUGUGUCUGAUACUAGCAUGACAGAUGCGAAUGAUAGGGAAAAGUUCCAGCAUAACUUUGCUGCUGAUAUAAUAUCUGAUCGAAUCAAUUACUUACUUCGCAGAUGUGUAUCGAGUGAAUUCGGAUUGAGCUCAAGAAAAGCGAUUUUAACGUUGACGACAACGCUUAUUGGAAAGUUGACCGGAGAAAGACUUCAGAAUUUUGUUCAACAAGUCAUUACAACGUUAUUGGGAGUCGAUGAGUAUUUGUUCGCUGAGGAUACGAUGUUCCAAGAAUAUUCCCGGGAGUGCUUCAGGAUUGCAGAAAAAAACCUUGGUACAAAAUUGUACAGUAAAGUCUUCGCUACAGCGAAAGCUGAAAUUUCCACCCGCCGGGCGAAGCGGAAGGCUGAAAGGGCGCAACUCAUGUUAGAUAAUCCGACUAAAGCAUCAGAGAAGAAGAUGAAGAAACAUGCCAGAUUCAGAGAAAAGAGGAAAGAUAACAAGGAUGAGAAUGGAUAUUACAAACAGAAACGGAGGAAAGUCUAA